UGAGGACUUCGAUGGGUUUGAUUGAUGAUAAAAAUAUCCUCCACAAUGUGACUGUAAAGACAAGGAGGGCCUCACAGAUCAGCAGGUCCGUAACCAGGAGAAGAACUCCAGUCUGGACCAGGAGGAUUCUUCACAGAUUAAAGAGGAACAGGAGGAACUCAGUACCACUCAAGUGGCAUAACCACUUGUACAAAAGCAGGAGACAGAAGCUUUUCCUGCUCGUGAAGAAAACGACCACAGUGAACCAGAACCAAGCAGUGACCAGCUCCUUUCUCACAACUCUCCUGACACUGAUCAGGAAGAAAACAAGGAUGGUGACUCACACAGAAAAAAGUCAGAUCAAGUCGUAGCAGGACUGAGAGUUCAAAAUUCCAAGACAGUACAUUUAUGUAGUACCUGUGGGAAAAAAUGUAAUAGGAUGGAAAACUUGAAACAACACAUGCAAAUUCACACAGGUGAGAAGACGCAUUCUUGUAGCACCUGUUGGAAAAAUUUUACUCUAAAAACGCAUUUAAAUGAACACAUGAGAAUUCACACCGGUGAUAAGCCUCAUUCUUGUAGCACCUGUGGGAAAAGAUUUAGUUUAGCAGCAAAUUUGAGAGCCCACAUAACAAUUCAUACAGGUGAAAAAACAUAUUCCUGUAGCACAUGUGGGAAAGGAUUUAAUCACAAGACAUCUUUAAAAAUACACAUGGAAUUGCAUACAGGGGAAAAGCAAUAUUCCUGUAGCAGCUGUGGGAAACGAUUUAGUGUGGCAGCAGCUUUGAGAAGUCACAUAAAAAUUCAUACAGGUGAGCAGUCAAAUUCCUGUAUUACCUAUGGGAAACAAUUUAGUGUGGAAGGAACUUUGAGAAGUCAUAUAAGAAUUCAUUCAGGUGAGAAGCCAUAUUCCUGUAGCACAUGUGGGAAAGGCUUUAAUCAUAAAGCUUCUUUUAAAAUACACAUGGAAUCACAUACAGGUGAAAAAAGAUAUUCCUGUAGCACAUGUGGGAAAGACUUUAGUGUGGCAACAACUUUGAGAAGUCACAUAACAGUUCAUACAGGUAAAAAAAAAACACAUUGUUGUAGCACAUGUGGCAAAAGUUUUAGUUGUCUUGAGUACUGGAAAGCCUACAUCAGUGUCCACGCAGGUGAGAAACCACAUUGCUGCAGUACAUGUGGGAAAAGUGUUAGUUCCCUCACAAACUUAAAUUCACAUGAGAGUCCGGUGAGAAGCCGUAUUGUUGUGGUGCCUGUGGAAAUGGGUUUUACUCAUAUGUCAAGUUUGAAAAGACACAUGGGAGGCCACACAGAUGAGAAGCCACAUUGUUGCAGUGUCUGUGGGAAAAUUUUUAGUCGUAUGUCAAGUUUGAAAAUACACAUUGGUUUUUCACCUGUGUGGCCUCUAUAUUGUUGUAGCAGCUAUGGGAAAAAAUUCACUUCUUCGGUACAGUUGAAAUAUAGGAAAACAUGCUACAUGCUAAGUUUCAUUUUUAGAAAAUGUUGGUGGCGGAGCUUAUGUGUCUCUGACUACAUUAACAGGUACAUUUGGUAAAUGUAACUUUUUCUGACUGUUUUGGCUUUUUACCCAAUAUAAACAGUAUAAACAAGUUUUGUUUUUUUUUGUUUUGUUUUGUUUUUUUUAAAUCCUUCUAGGAAGGCUGAAGAUUUUUGAAAGCUCAGUUUCUGUGUUUCCAUAUGGACAAGAAAAACAGAGUUUGUCUCACAACUUUAAAGGUGUGCACCUUUACCACCUUUAUCUGACACCAUUCCGUUAUUAUUUGUGGGCUUUUGAUUGACAUUUGAUGGACAUUUCUUCACGUUGCUUUGGUUCGGUGUCAACAGUGCUUGAGAUCACAUGAGUCUUAAUGUAAUCAGAACUAUUUGCCAAGUUAUUAUAGGUGUUAGGAAGGUUGUUUUUAAAAUGUAUUCCGCUACAGAUUACAGAAUACAUGGCCCCAAAUGUAAUUUGUAAUGUAUUCCAUUACAUUAAUCAAUGGGAGUAAUGCUUUUUACAACUACAAAAAUGUAUUAUUACUGUGUGAUGAUACAUUAGAGCAGAGGUCUCAAACUUAAAUGAGCUGUGGGCCACUUCUGACACUGUCAUGUCAUUGGAAGGCCACUUUAGUGUUCAGGUAGUACAAAAAAACCCCAAACAAAUAAACAAGAAAACACCCACAACCAAUUCCUAAAAUAUGAUCUUUUGUUUGUUUGUUUUUCCAUUUCAAAUAUUGUAUUACAAGACAAAACUGCAAACGUGAACGCAGUCUUUUAUUGAACUACCAAAUAAAUAUAUUAAUACUCUCUUUUGACCAGACACAUGACAGCUUUUCUGCUAUAAUUUCGUUCGUAUUUACCAAAAUAAAAAUGCAGACAUAAGUGUACACAUUAGUUUUUGACUGCUAAUGAAAAAUGUUUUCUUUUUGUACUCUGCCAGGAUUCCUGGAUCGUUGACACAGUGUCUUCAGUCUUAGACUUUGUCAUGGUUUAGGUUUCAUGUUUGCUGUUUAACUGUGUCAACCUUCUGUUUAUGUGCAUUAUGUGUAGUUCUUCUUACUGUGUUAUUAGUUAGAUUAUAUUCAGCUGUGUACUCACUGGUCUCUAAUUGUCAUCAUUUGCCAGAGUAUUUGAGACCCAGGCAUUAGUCUUGUUUGGGUUUCCACCAGCGUGGAAUUACCAAAAAUAUUUAGGGGAUAGCCUGACAUAUGAAACAGGACAA